CUUCUCAGAGGGAGCAAACACUUUUGAGCAUUCGAAGGGGACAGACUGGUUGUCCAAACGACACAUAAGAAAUUUUCUCAGACUAAAAAUCGUAAGGCCCAGAAAACAAAAUUUCGAAAAAUGAUUGGAGUCCCGGGAACUUUAAAGGUUUUGGCGGCCUUAUCGGGAAUGCUGUUCAUGGGCUAUUGUGUGUAUUUCGACAAGAAGCGUCGAGGAGAUCCGGAGUUCAAGAGGAAGCUGCACGAGAGGCGCCACCGGCGCACCUUCCGACCCAUCAAAUCGAGAUCGGCAACCCACAUGAGCAACAAGGAGAUCGAGCUGUACUUCAUGAACGAGAUCCAGAAGGGCGAGGGCCUCAUCACCAACGGCGACAUCGAGGGCGGCGUGGACCACCUCAUCAACGCGAUCCUGGUCUGCAGCCAGCCGGGCAAGCUGCUGCAGGUGCUCCAGAACACCCUGCCCGUGGAGGUCUUCACCAUGAUGCUGAUCAAGAUGCAUGCCUACGAGUCUGCCGAGCGCAGUUCUCCCGCUUCGAUGGACGAGGAGGGGGUCAGUGCCCUCGAAUAGGUAUAUUAUUGUUCCAAAAUUAAGGGUCCCUGGUUUUUUUUGGCCGAGCAAAUGGAAAACUUUCCUCUCGCGUAGCGGAGUACAUUCUUUGGUUCAUGUAUCUCGGUGAAAUACAUACAAUGUAUACUGGUA